AUGAAACUUUUACUGCAACAAGUAAGAAAUAUGCAUGUGAAGCCUAUAAAAAUGAGAUGGCUAACAGGUGGUGUCAAUUACAGUUACCUAUUAAGCACUGAAAACAGAGGAAAAGCAUGGCUAAUUGAUCCUGCAGAAUCUCUUGAGGUGGUGCCAGAGUUAAGUGUUGAAGAAAGGAAGAGCAUUGACGCCAUUGUUAAUACACACCACCACUACGAUCAUUCAGGAGGAAACUUAGCACUUUAUAGUAUCCUGUGCCAAGAAAACACAUGCCGUAAGAUUACAAUAAUUGGUGGGUCAAAGGCUUCUCCUGGUACCACAGAAGUGCCGGAAGACUUGCAGCAGUAUCACUUGGGUAACUUAAAAGUAACUUGUAUUAGAACCCCGUGUCAUACAAAGGAUUCUAUAUGCUACCAUGUCAAAGACCUGGAGACAGAUCAGCAAUGCAUCUUCACAGGUGACACUCUGUUCAACGCGGGUUGUGGAAGGUUUUUCGAAGGCAGUGGAGGAGAUAUGGACACAGCUUUGAAUAGAAUAAUCUUGAGUACAGUUGGUGAGACGAACUUGAAUAAAGUAAAAAUAUACCCAGGUCAUGAAUACACCAAGGGCAAUGUCAAGUUCAUCAGAGCAAAAAUUUACCCCAAUAUAGGACAAAACAAGAAGUUUGAUAAGUUGGAACAGUACUGCAAGAAUAGCGAGUGUACUACUGGGCACUUUACCUUAGCCGACGAAUUGGAGUAUAAUCCGUUUAUGAGAUUGUAUGAUUCUGCCGUUAGGUCAGCGAUUGGCGAUACCACUGCAGCAUAUCCCAGAGCUACAGUGAUGCAAGAGCUAAGAAAGCUCAAGAACGGUAUGUAA